ACGCAUGUUUUUGUCCCGGGAAUUGCAAGCGGUUCAUGUUCAAGUUGCGCUUGAACAUUUACCGUUGUGGGUCAAAAGCAUUAGCGAAACAAACAUGGAGGAAUAUUCCCGGGAACCUUGCCCCUGGAGGAUAGUUGAUGAUUGUGGAGGAGCAUUUACCAUGGGAGCCAUUGGUGGCGGGGUGUUCCAAUCAAUCAAGGGGUUUCGCAAUGCUCCUGUGGGUGUUCGUCACAGAUUGAAAGGUAGUGCCAAUGCAGUGAGAGUACGUGCACCACAAAUUGGUGGUAGUUUCGCAAUCUGGGGUGGUCUUUUUUCCACUAUUGACUGUGGGCUGGUUCGUGUGAGAGGAAAAGAGGAUCCCUGGAACUCUAUAACAAGUGGAGCCAUGACUGGUGCAGUCCUGGCUUCACGCAGUGGUCCUUUGGCGAUGAUGGGCUCUGCCAUGAUGGGGGGCAUUCUGCUGGCAUUGAUAGAAGGCUUUGGCAUCCUCCUCACCAGAUACACCGCACAGCAGUUUCAGAAUCCAAGCCCUUUCAUGGAAGACCCCAACCAGCUUCCCCCUAAAGAUGGCAGCCAGCAGCAAAGGAGCAAGGGGACUGGCCAGUUUCAGUAGUUUGCUAUACCAGGACUCGUAGGCCAACGGAAGAAAAAGUGGACCCCUAGUCCUUUUCAUGGUUUAUAUUAGCAUAUAUCAAAAUUUAUCAGGGUCUGAGUUCUGUGAAUUCUAGGUUAUUGUAUGUAUGUUUAUUUAUUUAUCUAUUUAUUUAUCUGUAUAUGUAUGUACAUGCAUCAUGUUUUAAUUGAUUGUGCUCAGUGAAAUUAAGGAAAAGGGGACUGCUUUUGUGAAGUGGUGGAAUUGUGGAAUUACUGUUGAAUUUAUGUGAUCAACAUACAUAAGUAAAGGAAACAGGCCUAUUGAAAAUGUAGAAAA